AGCAACUUCACAUACCCAAAGCGUUAAAGAAGACAAACAAAACUCAUACUUCUUCCUCUCUCUCUCUCUCUCUCUACAACUAUGAUUCUGUCCUGGCGGAGGCGAAGAGCGGCCCGUGGCGCGGGAAAGACCCGCGACAUGGCCGACCGAAACGGCGUCGCGGAGCUGGCCAUACCCAUCAAUUUCAGGUGUCCAAUAUCGCUGGACUUGAUGAAAGAUCCGGUGACUCUGUCGACGGGCAUAACGUACGACCGGGAGAACAUCGAGAGGUGGAUCGAGUCCGGCAACAACACGUGUCCGAUCACCAACCGGCUGAUAACGAACCAAGACCCGACUCCGAACCACGCCAUUCGGAAAGUGAUUCAGAGUUGGUGCGUGGAGAAUAAGUCUUACGGCGUUGACAGAAUUCCGACGCCUCGGAUUCCCGUGAGCUCGGUUGAGGUGGCGGGGAUUCUCGGAGGAGUCGAGGCGGCAGUGCGGCGGGGGGACGGUGGCGGGUGUCUGGAGUUGGUGGGGAAGGUGAAGGCUAUGGCGGCGGAGAGUGAGCGGAACAGGCGGCGCGUGGUUGCCAGUGGGGCCGGUCGAGCUCUAUCGGAAACAUUUGAGGCCUUCUCGGAUACGAGCACGGGAUCUUCUGCACCAAUGCACUGCCAGCAACUCGACGAAUUUGUGUUUUUCGAGGAACAGAGGAACUUGGGGACAGAGGAGCUCUGGUUUUCUUCUCCUUCGGAGGGGUGUUUUAGUAAAAAAAGUCCACUACUGGGGGAGAUAUUGUCAACCUUGACAUUGAUGCUUCCACUUGAUGAGGAGGCCAAGUCUCGUCUAGGGUCAUUCUCGUCUUUAAAUUCCAUGGUUUGGUUUUUGCAAAACGGGGACUUAUCGGGACGAAGAACCGCGAUUUUGGUGAUGAAAGAUGUCGUAUCGUUGGAUCAAGAAAAACUAGAUGCAUUGAUCAAGAUUGAAGGAGCAAUGGAGGCUCUAGUCAAGCUGGUUAGAGAGCCAAUCUGCGUUCAAACUACCAAAGCCUCAUUGUCCAUCGUUUACAACAUGGUUGCAUCAUCUAUGCCAUCUCCAAACAACGAUGUCGCAAGAAAAUUUGUAGACAUGGGUCUGGUGUCGUUGCUUCUCGAGACGGUGGUGGGCUCGGAGAGAGGCGUUUCCGAGCUGGCGUUGGUCGUCCUGGACGAACUCUGCGGUUGCGACGAAGGGAGGGAAAAGGCCUACGAUAACGCUUUGACCGUACCGGUUUUGGUUAAGAAAAUACUGAGGGUUUCGGAUUUGGCGACCGAGUUUUCGGUGUCUGUCCUGUGGAAACUGAGCAAGAGUGAGAGGAAGGGUGAGGAGGGAGGAGGAGAAGGAAGCGAUGUUUUUGUUGUUGAAGCUCUUCAAGUGGGUGCCUUCCAGAAACUCUUGUUGCUAUUGCAGGUUGGGUGUGGUGAGGAGACAAAGGAGAAGGCAAGUGAGUUGCUGAAGCUGUUGAACUUGUUUAGGGAUAAGUUGGAGUGCAUUGAUUCUAUGGAUUUCAAGCAUCUCAAGAGACCUUUUUGAUUAACAAGAGGCACUGGAGAAUUGGUUCUAUCUCAAUGGAGAACUAUAUAUGCUCUAUUAAUUGGAUAAUCUUAAGAAUUAGUAUUAUUUUGUAUUGUCUUGUGAUUUACUAUUUGUUUAUAGUGAUUUUUUUUUAGUUUCUAACUAAAUUCGUUUAUUUUU